AAUUUCUUUAAUUUUCUUUAUAUUUUGAAAUUUUUCUAGGUUGAAAUUUUUCUAGUUUACUCACAAAUUGCUCUUUAUUUUGAUCAAUUUUCUCUGAUUUGCUCAUACUUUUCUUUGUGUUUCGACCAAACUACAGAAAAUUAAACUACACAACACAUAUUGCAUAAACUCAACUUACUGAUAAAAAGAUUCAAUCUUUCUAAACUGAGAACAUCUCUGAAUGCUUGAUUCCAGACAACACUCGACGAGAACACCGCCAGUGAGAUUUGUUUAGCGGCGUUCGAUCGAGUAGAAUGUGGUAUGUUGUAAACGACCACCAUGGCAAGACGGACUAUUGCUCGUACCCCUCCUUGGCAAUUCAAUGGUGUUGGGUUUUGAUGACUUUCGAGGUAGUUUACUGAGAAAUUGUUUCAACGUUGCAAUGAAUUUGAUAAAUACAAUAUGAAAACUCAAAUCAAAUCCAUGGUAGAAAAGUUUGUAAAACCCUAGACCUAAUUGAAACUCAAAAUCUGGAGAUUCUAGACACAAAUGCCUUUGAUUUCAAUUGACUUCAUAUGAGAAAAUUCCAGAUCUUGAUGAUGAAGUUAAAUUUGAAGCUCAUGAUUUCAAGAUUGCCACAUAUUAUUGAAAGGAGGGAGAAUGAGAAAGUGUGUGAUAUAUGGGUGUGGGUGAGAGACUUUAGGGCAUGUUUGAUUGGAUGGAUUAGAGCAUGAGAUUGAGAUUAUUAAUCCGUGGGCCCAACUAUCCUAUGUUUGUUUUAACAUUUUGGUUUAGGAUUAUUAAUCUAAUGGAUAAUUAAUCCAACAAAUUUGUAGAAUUAUUAGUAAUGGGGUAGGGGUGGGAUUAUAUAUCCUGAAUUGGGAAAUAAAGUAAAAAGACUUUUUUACCCUCGCUAUAUACGCAGAAAUGUAAGCCAAAUCAUAUCAUUUCUACCCAGCAAAGACUCAGCAGCUUUGCUGAGAGAAGAUCUCCACCUUCGUGAAGGAUCUCCACCUUCGUGAAGAUCUCCAUCUCGGUGUGCCGAUUUCAACCUUCGUUCGCUGGAAAAUUCACCGUCGGCAUUGAAAAACUCUCAUUACCGGCAUGGAUAGUGUUGCUACCAGUCAUUCUCGAAAGAAAAGUAAGGGAAAGGCAGAUGCUGGUUCAAUUGGGAGUCGUAGGAUUUGGACGAAGAGGGAGGAGUUGUUUCUCAUAAGUGCAAUAAGAGAUUUGUGUAAUAAUCCUAAAUGGAAGGUUGACAAUGGGCAAUUUAAGUCGGGGUUUUAUGGCGAGCUUGAGAAGAGAAUUGUCAAGGCUUUUCCUGGAAGUGACCUUCGUGUUUGUCCUCACGUUGAGUCAAAGAUAAAAAUUUAGAGAAAACACUAUGGCCUUUUGUAUGAAAUGACUAAGCUUAGCGGGUUUGGAUGGAAUGACACUGAGAAGAUGGUUCUUGUUGACAGUGAUGAUGCUUGGGAAAACUUUGUUCGGAGACAACCAAGUGCGAGUUCUAUGCGAAACAAGUCAUUUCCAUAUUAUGAAGAUUGGCUUGUUCUCUUUGGCAAAGACAGAGCCACUGGUGAGUUAGCUGAAGAUCCUACAGAUGCAGUUGAAGCAAUUGCUGUGGAGGAAGCCAUGGGGGAGAAGGGUGAUGGUUCUCUAGCUAAGCAAUUCAAUGUUGCUGACUUCGAGUGUUCAAUGUCUACAAAUGGAAAUGCAUCCAACUCUUCUACCUUUAGCAAGGGAGGAACAAAAAGAGCCAGGACUACUGAAGGAAUCGCAAGUAAUAUUGCUACAAUGACAGAGACACUUGGCUCUUUUUUGGACAAAACGGACACUAGAUUGGGUGAGAUUGUUAAAAGGAUUGGAUAUCAACAUGACUUAUCCCAAGCUAGGAGGAGUGUCAAUGCUGAACUUCUGAAGUCACUGUUCUACAAACUAUUGUGA